ACAGAUCGGUGACCAAGACCAUCAGCCUCACGUACCUUCUCAGCCACCAUCGUGCAGCAAUCGUUCAACUUAGAUUUUUCGAUUAACUAUCGUAUCUGAUAAUCAGCUGAUUAGUCGUAUCGGAUUUUCGAACCGUCCAGUUUUUUUCGGUGGUACCGCGCUGAUAAAAAGAUGAUGGAAUUUCGGUACCGUUGAUCACAGUGAGUGAAAAAUGUGUUUAAGUCAACUUAAAAGCCUUAUUGAUUCACGUAAAUAGACUUACAGUGAGUUUAGAGUCGAGAUUGUUUAAAGUCUAAAAAUGGUGCUUUUAAACAAUGGACAAUGUAAAUAUUGUCGAUAUCGAGGACUUUUGGAAAAAGUUUGUGUUUUUGUUAAUAUGCUAGUGUGAAGCUGGAAAUGGCCCAUUCUGAUGGGCGUAAUGGUCAGUCCCCGGGUAGCUGGGAAGGGUUGAGUCCCCUAAAAGCCAACGAGGAACCCACGGGAACUUUGGAGGAACAAUGGACGGGAGUGGACCAUUUGAGUGGGCCUCUGAAUCCGCUCUGCAUUACCGACGCUAAUCAUGAGAUUUUGAGGCCAAAACCCAGAAGAUUGUCGAGCAACUCUCGCACAGAACAUGCCACCUUUCAACAUGCCAACGAGACCAACAACGAACUCAACAGGAAUUCACUUAAAAGCGAUUCAUCUCGGGUCCACACUCCAGCUAACGCGGUUACGAAACCAGCCUUUUCGCCAACGAAUGUUGAACAGCCUACUUCUAAUGAAAGAAUGGUCUCGCCAAAAAGAAAAGUGGAACAUUUCCAGCACUUGUACGUGGCAAACAACGUAAAAACGUCUACGUUUAGUGAGCAAAUCGAAAAAAACAAUCUCUCCAACAACAAAAGCAAUUUGAACAAUAGCGCCGAAUACGGUUGCUCUCAUUCCUCAAUAAAUAUGGUGCCUGAGAGGGACACGGGACCAAAUAAAGGUCCUAUAAAUGCUUUUGGCAAUUUAAGAAUUGCCCAGAAUCAGUUGGUGUCAAAAUUUGGUGGUGAUUUUAAUUCUCCCGACGAACAUAGAAUGGUUUCAAGCAGAAAACACUAUCAUGUUAGUGUCCAAGAACUUAGAAUGCAGCAAUGCAGCAACAGUUCGUCUGACGACAACCGAUCAUCCGGACAUGCAAGCAUGUCGGACACCGGAAACACGUCGCCUAGAGGUCUGUGUACUUCCGGCAGCGAUCGUCUCAACGCCAGCGUGCUUCAAAAGCCGAUCAGGAACAAAAUAGCCGCACAACAUAAUAGGUCCAGACAUAGGGCCACACCUGCCAGAUUACAUGUCCCUUGGUCAGGAUCUGGAGGACUAGAAGACAUCAAACUAGCACUCCAGCAACUCACGAUGAGAUCUCAUACCUCCACUAGCACGUACUCAAGUGUCAGUGCUGGUUCAGAAAGCUCAGAACCAGCAAUUAGACGACUCAUGAGACAUUCCUCACUUGAAACCAUCAAUACGAACAUAACCAGUGCUGAUGAGUUUGUUUGGGUCGACUCACAUAACAGACUUGUAGAGCUGCAACAUCUACCCUGGACCAAUCACUGUAUUUUAAGAGUCUUACAGUCAGGAAGAUGCAAAGAACAUAUGUCUAGACUGAGCGUAGAAACAAUACCAAGGCUCUCUUAUUUACUUCAACGAGCCUUGGUUCGAAUGAGUAGGGAGACCCAAAGAUUAUCAUCCACAUUAGGAAUUUGUACAAAACAUGAUAUUACGGUGUCCUUUCGAAUAGUUUUGUGUCCGCCGUUAGCAGAUUCUUGUAUCAAAGCAUGUCUGAGAGCUGCCGCUAUGUUAUCAGUUUCUGGGGACUGUACUUUGAAACAGAGCAAAUCGUCCAGGGCAGGACUUCAGCUGCAAGUUGGCCGAUUUCAUAGGUGGAUGGCCGAUGUUAACUUAGCCAGAUUUAUACAUGAAUACGCUGCUGUCUACAUGUGUGCCGGAAUUGAGAACUUGCUGGAGGAGAUUCUUCUGCAGUGCCUACCUAGCGAUUCAGACGUCAAUUUGACAGCCACACUUUUAGAACACGCCAUAGCCAAUAAUGGAGAUUUGUGGGGAUUAUUACAGCCUUAUACCCAUCUCAAUGCCGGAAGGAUUGCUUCAGGAGCCUUAGCUCUGCCAAGAUGGGCAUCAGUUUCCUCAGUAGGGAGCUCAAGCAGAGACUCAGGCAGACCGUCAAGUAUACCAGAACCAUCUCUAAUGACCACUUGCGUAGGAUCCUUGACGGAACUCCAAGAACUAAUUGGUAGAAUGCAGAACAGAAUACCUCUGUGCCCUAAAGCAGUGAGAACCUUGUUUUAUUUCAUGAGGUGCUCUCAGUUGGAGCAUAGCGAUCAGUCUAGUGGUCAUGCCGUACAGGAAUUGUGUUAUGAAAGAGCUUACGUUGUACUUCCCCCUCUGGUUGAAUGGUUGAGGGUUGCUACUGCUCACGGCGAGCAUAGGUUCGCCGCCAUUUUGGAUAAAGACGAUAUAAUGCAAGCUGCAAGGUUGCUCUUGCCCGGCGUUGAUUGCCCUGUGAGGUCACUUGGUGAAGAGGCAGUGAGAGUGAGGAAAAACAAUGGCACUGAUGAAGAUCACGUUGAGGCUACCAAGCAAAUUCAGGUGGAGCUGGCGUUUCGACUAAUGCUGACUGGCAGACCGGAAUUAAUCCAGCAAGCUUUGGCUUUGCUGCCCACUGCCUCCCGUUUGGAUACCCUUAAUCCGCAAGGGCACACGGCCCUAAUGUUGGCGGCCAUUCACAACGACGACGUCACACUAACCGCCCUUUUGGAUGCAGGUGCUUCAGUGGACACAGAGACACCCCCUCCGUCCUCACCUCUAUUCGUUGCAGUGAAUGGGGCCAAUCAGCACUGGACAGCUUUGACGUACGCCGCGGCAAAGGGCCAUACAAUAUGUGCCAGGAUACUCUUGGAAAGGGGCGCAAACAUCGAAGGGGGUGCGGUAGUCAGCGAGGAGAAAAUUACCUUAACCCCUCUACAGGUUGCUUGUGGCAGUGGAAACGUCGACAUGGUAUCCCUCCUGUGUGCUCACGGGGCCCAACCGUUCUUCUCCACUCAAAUCAAGGAUACACUAAGUUAUCCAGCCUCAACUCAAAGAGGCUGUUACAGCGCCAUUUCUGUAGCGGCAGCUCACGGCCACAGGGUAGUUUUGCAAAAGUUACUAGCUCAGCCUUUAGCUCCUGUAAAUAAAGAAGUCCUCAGCUUGGAGGAGAUGCUUGCCGAAGGUACACCAAAAUCUUCAACUACUUCAAAUUCAACGCCGCAGUUCAACAAGGUUCAAAUCAAAGCUUUACAAGAAGCCAUGUAUCACAGUGCGGAAAACAACCAUUUGGAUAUAACAGUUGAAAUACGAACCUUGGGUAUUCCCUGGACCUUACAUUGUUGGAUGCAUUCUUUGGGUGCUGCUCAUGAGGCAAGAUUAGACUGUGUGAUAGAUCAGCUGUUGCAAGACUUUUUGCAAGUAUGCCCUGAUGAUUAUAGUUCUCAAUUCGUACAAGAAUGUCUCCCGUUGCUUUUCAACAUUUUCCGAUAUAGCAAGAAAGAGGGCACAACAUUGCUUCUUGCCGACAUCUUUUCAACGUGCUUCGGUUGGGAACCGAUCAAACCCAUCAAAGAAUGCGCCCCUACGACAUCUAGCGGCUCCAGAAUUGACACGAAGUACGUCAACAAUCCAGAACUGAGUGACGUCACGUUUCGCGUGGAGGGUAGACUGUUUUACGCUCACAAAAUCGUGCUGGUCACUGCCAGUCCUAGACUGAGAGCCAUGCUGAGCAGCAAGCUGUGUGAGGGAGGGCUUCCUACUGUACAAAUUAACGAUAUAAGAUACCAUAUAUUUCAAGUUGUUAUGCAGUUCCUUUACCAAGGAGGCUGUCAAACUCUCGAACCAGCCACUGAAGACAUUUUGGAGCUAAUGGCCGCAGCAAAUUUCUUCCAGUUGGACGGCCUGCUAAGGUACUGCGAAUCUCGGUGUGCCUCAAUGGUAGCUUUGGAUAACGUCGUUUCCAUGUACAUUCACGCCAAGGUCUAUAACGCUAUGCAAUUAUUGGAGUAUUGCCAAGGCUUCCUUUUGCAGAACAUGGUGGCUUUAUUGACCUACGACGACAGCGUUAAGCGAUUGCUGUUCGCUAAAAAGUUGCCCAAUCACGAUGUAUUGGCCGGGUUGCUUUUGACGUUGCAGAACAGAAUCAAGGCUAGAAGAAAUCAGAACAUUUGUAAGGCUAAUCAGAACGUUCAAGGGGUAUUAGCAAAAUAAGUGUAUAAAAAUACAUUUAAUUCAGUAUUCUUGGAGAAGAAAAAUUGAUAGAAAAACUGUUGAAUUUCUUAUAUUAAUUCUUUCUUCUAUUAUUAUAUACAGGGUGUCAUAAAAAUAAUGUAUAUAAUUUAUAUACAUAUAUAUAUAUUAUUAUAGGUGAUU